AUGGAAUCUAAAGUCUCUGAAGGUGGUCUGAAUGUGACACUCACCAUCAGAUUAUUGAUGCAUGGAAAGAGUGGAGCACGAAUCAAUAUCUCAGAAGGAAACUGUCCAGAAAGGAUUGUGACCAUUACAGGCCCUACUGAUGCCAUCUUCAAAGCGUUUGCAAUGAUUGCUUACAAAUUUGAAGAGGAUAUAAUCAACUCAAUGAGUAACAGCACAGCUACAAGUAAGCCACCAGUUACAUUAAGGUUGGUUGUACCAGCAAGCCAGUGUGGAUCAUUAAUAGGCAAAGGAGGCUCCAAGAUUAAAGAAAUCAGAGAGUCCACAGGUGCUCAGGUUCAGGUGGCAGGGGAUAUGCUGCCCAACUCUACAGAAAGGGCAGUGACCAUCUCAGGGACCCCCGAUGCAAUUAUCCAAUGCGUCAAACAGAUCUGUGUGGUGAUGCUGGAGUCCCCACCGAAAGGUGCCACCAUCCCCUAUCGCCCAAAGCCUGCCUCCACCCCUGUCAUUUUUGCAGGUGGUCAGGCCUAUACAAUUCAAGGACAAUAUGCAAUUCCACAUCCAGAUUUGACCAAGCUCCACCAGUUGGCUAUGCAGCAAACCCCCUUUACUCCCCUUGGACAGACCACCCCUGCUUUCCCUGGUUUGGAUGCCAAUCCCCCGGCCAGUACUCAUGAACUCACCAUUCCCAAUGAUUUAAUAGGCUGCAUAAUUGGACGCCAAGGGACCAAAAUUAAUGAAAUCAGGCAGAUGUCUGGAGCCCAGAUCAAAAUCGCCAAUGCCACAGAAGGCUCAUCAGAGCGUCAGAUCACCAUCACAGGAACCCCAGCUAACAUCAGCCUUGCUCAAUACCUCAUCAAUGCCAGGCUGACGUCUGAGGUCACUGGAAUGGGCGCACUCUAAUUUGUCUCUUGUCAUCUUUAAUUCUACAUCACCUGACUCCAUCAAGUUAAUUAUCCUUCAUUCAGCUUGUACAGUCUGCAUAUUUACUACUUCACAUGCCUGUUUUAACUCUUAGGAUAUUUUUCUUCAAAAAAGGAAUGUGUGCAUGCACAUCCACACUCACACGCUCAUGUUGAUAAACGUCUUUCCAUUUUGCGCUCCUGGUUUUCUUCUUAAAAUUUAAUUUAUGCUCCAGGCCAGUCUGUGUUUCAGUUGUAAAGUGCAUAUUAAUCUAAAUAGAUUUUGCUUGGAUUUUCUUUCAUUAAUUCUUCAGAGAAGGCAUUCUCUUAGCCAGAGUUUAAAUGGACCUUGUUACCUUAACUCUCUCAGCUUUUUUUCAGUACCUGCAGUAAUUCUGAGACUGAGCCUCCUUUAGAGCAAGAGUUGCUUUGAAAUAGAUAUUCAGUUAUGUCGUUAUUCUCUUGCUUUCUAACCUUAUGGGUUCCUGCUCAUCCUUAAAAGUACCCUUUGAAUCUGGCAUGGUUUCUCCCAUUAAGCAGAGCAGGCAAGAGCCAGUGAGCAUUAGCAGCCAAUCUCACUGGUUCCCUGGUGCUUCCUGCUGCUUUGCAGUGGCAUAGCCAGAAGAAGCCCUUCUCAUAAUCUACCAGAAUCAACAAGGGGGGUGGGGGAGAAAAACCUUUUCCUGAAAUGUGGAAAACAGAGAGCAUGAAACUAAAUUAAAUUCAAAGUGUGGCAGGAACUGCUGAAAACAGUCACCCACCGACUUUUGGACUUAGGUUAGGAACGCUCCAGUUUCUGUGAGCCAGCUGUGUUUGCCAUUGUUUAAAUUCAAUA